AUGGAACCCUCGAGCGGCCGGGACCCCUGCGGGACUCCCGCGGCCGCGGCCGUGAGCCCGGUGGUGGUGGUCCACGGCGGCGGCGCCUGCCACAUCGCCAAGGACCGCAGGGAGAUGGUGCGGCAGGGCGUGCUGCGCGCCGCCUCCGCCGGCUUCUGCGCCCUCAAGGCGGGCGGCAGCGCGGUGGACGCGGUGGAGUGCGCCGUCAGCGUCCUGGAGGACGACCCCGAGUUCAACGCAGGUUAUGGAUCCGUCUUGAAUGCAAACGGAGACGUGGAAAUGGACGCCAGUAUCAUGAGCGGAAAAGAUCUGUCUUCGGGCGCCGUGUCUGCCAUCCGCUGUAUCGCGAACCCCAUCAAGCUGGCGCGGCUAGUGAUGGAGAAGACGCCUCACUGCUUCCUGACGGACCGGGGAGCCGCAGAGUUUGCCACCACCAUGGGGGUCCGCACGGUGACUCGGGAGCAGCUGGUGACAGAGAAGAACAGAAAGCGCCUGGAGAAGGAGAAGCGCGUGAAAGAGGGGAAAGACGCUCAGAAACCAGAGUCACAGAAACACUUGGGCACCGUGGGCGCCGUGGCCUUGGACUCCAAAGGAGACGUGGCCUAUGCCACCUCGACGGGGGGCAUCGUGAACAAGAUGGUCGGCCGAGUGGGGGACACGCCCUGCAUAGGAUGCGGGGGCUACGCUGACAAUGACAUCGGGGCCAUCUCAACCACGGGCCACGGGGAGAGCAUCCUGAAGGUGAACCUGGCCAGACUCACCCUCUUCCACGUGGAGCAAGGAAAGACCUUGGAGGAGGCUGCUGAGGUGUCACUAAAUUACAUGAAGUCAAAGGUCAAAGGACUAGGGGGCGUCAUCUUGGUCAACAAGGCGGGACAGUGGGCGGUCAAGUGGACCUCGGAGUCCAUGCCCUGGGCGGCCGCCCAGGCCGGCAAGCUGCACUGUGGCAUCGACCUCAACACCACCACCGUCACCGACAUGCUCUGA